AGCUGCAAUAUGAAGCACUCUGUCCAGUCUGUCUGUCUGCUGACUAGCCUAUCACUUUACUGCCUACUGCUAACAGUGGGGGAAGGUGAGGGGCAGUUUGUCCCAGGGAGGUGUGAGUGUUAUGACACAAAGACAACUGUCAGAGGACCACUGUCUGACCUCAAAGUCAUGCUCAAAGGCCCCACCUGCAACACUGACCAGAUCAUAGUGGUAGAAAAGAGGACCAGUGAGCCUGUGUGUGUGAAUCCAAAGGGACCACUGGGAAAACAGCUGCUGCGCUGCUGGAAAAAAGGGGGUGGAGUGGAUGUGAAGAAGUGUCUGAGGAGGAAGAGGAGAGACAAGGGGAAGCAAGGACAGAAUAAACAGAAACAGAGGAAACUCAGGGGAAAAUCUAAAGAGAGCAAAAAAAGAUGGACUACACCAAACCCUGCCUUAGGGUGACCACAGAGCCAGCACCCAUCUGUUCUCCUGACCAGCAGACUGCAGGGUUUCUAGAUAGUCUAGAAAUCCUAACCAGAUCAAGACAAAACAGAGACAUUACAGAUUCCAGUGGCACUACAGAAAGCAGAUAACCUACAGAUACCAAAUAAUACAGAUACCAGAGAAAUGUCAGACACCAGAGAAAUGUCAGACACCAGAGGUUCUACAGACACCAGAGGCACUACAGACACCAUGUUACGGACAUGGCUGACAAUCAGAGACCUGGCCAGCUUAGCCACACAUACACAGUUCCUGAAUAAGGCAAAAGUGUUGUGUUGAAUGAAUAUUAUCAAUGUAUAUAAUUAGCAUAAAAAUAAUCCCCAUACAAAUCCAUCAGUUUAAGUCAGAGAUAUUGGAUGCGUCUCUAUCCACCGCAUCCACCGAUGUUGCACUUCCGCAUCUGCAGUGAAAGGUGCAGUGAAAGGUGCAGUGAAAGGACAUCCCGAAAAUCAGUCUUCUCACAAAAUCGUCUGUAGAGGCCGAACGGUGUGGCCUACAAACGAUUAUGACCCCUCUAUGGAAAGAUGAGACUCUCAUGAACACGAUGUUCUCAGUUUUACACUAUGACCCCCACAAGCGCAUUGGGAAUGUCUGAAGUCAGUACACCAAUCUGCCAUCUUCUGUCUGUAGCGUCCGAACAGUUUGUGCUACACACUAAUAUGACUGCAGUGUUUUUGCUAGUCUACACUGUAACCCUAGACCAGAUAAGGCAAAUGUGUUGUGUUGAAUGAAUAUAUCAUCAUGUUCUGUUACAGACAUUGUUGAUUAACUGUUUAUUGUAAACACUGUAUCUAUGCUGCUAUAUAUUAUUACUUUUAACAUUUUUUAAGGAGUUUUGUAAUAAAUAAUCAAACUAAUAGUGUGA